CACUUAUGAUUCAUCUUAGCCACUGUGACCUUGUAACAUUGUGUAGUUUUUAAACCUUGCACAGCAUAAAGAAAGUAAUAUAGUAAAUACAUACUUGUGAAUUUUAGUGAUUUUAUCAUUUCUGUUUGAAUAACUUUAAAAGGACUUAUCAGCAUCAAAUGGGCAUCAGGAAUAAAGUUAGAUUUUUGUAGUUAAACUGGUAGAUCUAAAGAAGUUUAUGACUUACAUUUGAAAUACAUGAACUACUGGAUUACAAUUCUGAAAUACUUAAGCUUCAGAGUAUUAUUGUAAACAAUGGAUGGAAAGCGUAUAAGGCGAAAUCCAAACUUUACUUGGCCAGAAAUUGAUGCGCUUUUAAAGGAAAUAGAUAAAUACAAGGAUAUAAUAUACAGUAAACAGAACACUUCAUCAGUGCACUUGAGGAAGCGUCUUGUCUGGGAAAUGAUUACAAAGGAAGUCAACAAAGCCUGUCCAACGGGGCACGAACGAGACUUCGAGGAAAUUCGCAAGAAAUGGACGUGCCUUGCGUCGGAAACACGCCGGAAGUUUGUCAACAUUGAGAAAGCUGCCGGCCAUUCAGAGUUUGCUCCGGAGUUAACUGACGUGGAUCUGCGAGUGGCUCAGAUUGUGAGGCAUAACUCGAGUUCUCAGGACACAGAAAUGACAGACCUUGAGACCAAACUGGCUGUGCUGAAGGACUGUGCAGAGUCCACGGUUGAAGUGAAGAACGUGGACCAGGACUCCAAGACAAGCACAGAAGAAGAUUCCUCUGACACAGAAGACGAGGAGGAGAAUUCUACAGCUUCAUGCAAACUCAGGACCUCUGCAAGUGAAAGUGCUGCCUUUGCCAGUCUAUCACCGUCCUUGGGAACCUGCGGACAGAAACGUCCCUUAACUGAUGAAGAUGAAGAUACACAAAACACUUUGUAUGCCAAACAGCCAUUAGAUGUCGCUCAGCAGCAAAUGUGUGUCGAGAAGAGGCGACUUGAAAUCGAAGAAAAACGGUUGCACAUCGAAGAACAAAGACUAGAAAUUGAGAAAAAACGGCUGGACAUUGAAAAUCAGAAAUUGAUGUUGGCAAAACAAAAGUUUGACAAACAUCAGAAUGAUUCUUAAAUGAUUUGUAAAACAAAAUCAUUUCAAUAAGAGUUUAAAGGCAUUUCGUUGUUAAAAAUUGUGUCAUAAUUGAAGAAUUGUUUUUGAUGGGUGUUGUUUUACCUAUUGAUUAUUUUCAUCACAAAAUGCUAUCUGCAUACGCAAUCAUCUCCAAGGAAAAUAAAUUGUGUUACAAUUUA